GCGCGGCGCCCAGCCCAGCCCCAUCCCCCGCCGCAAGCGGCCGGCCGGCGGAGGGCACCUUCAAGCAGCGCCUGCCGGCGCAAUCGGCCGGCACGCGCAUCGAGUACUAUUUCGAGGUGCGCGGCACCAAGGGCGGCCAGGCGAUCACCCAGACCCUGCCCGAGAGCAACCCGCAGGCGGCGCCGCUGGAGCUGCGGGUCACCCCCUCGUCCGAACGGCAGCCGCCGACGCCCAACACCCGCAGCGCCACGGCCACCAGCCUGGUCGGCUACAGUCUACAGAUGGUCGACAUCAGCGAGCAGGUGACGCGCACCUUCGAGCUGACCCGCUCCCAAGCGGUCGACCAGGACUACUACCCCUCCGGCAACCUGGCCGCCGGCCUGCGCGAGUCCGACUUCGACCCCGACGCCCAGAUCCAGCACGUCGUGCUGGGCCAAGGGCCGUUCCAGCGCUUCCGCAUUCCGGUGACCUGCGCUUUCGACUUCGCGCAGCACCACAUCCGCCAGGUCGACGUGACGAUCCGCUACGGCGCGCGCGCCGGCAGCGACGAACCGCUGCACACCAUCACGGUGACGCUCAACGCCGAAACGCCGCGCCAGAUCGUCACCUUCCCGGCCGACGAGGCCGGUAGCCAGAGCUACGACUACACGGUCGACUUCGUGGUCGACCCGAACCGCACCAUCGGGGUGGCGCCCGGCGAAUCGAUCUCCAGCAGCGUCACCGGCUUCGGCGACCGGGCCAUCACCGUCGACCUGGACGCGCACUUGCCGCUGAUGCCGGUCGAGGUGGUGCCCGGCUUCCUGUCAUUCGACAGCGGCAUGCUGCGCGAGGUCCAGGUCCGCCUCGAGAGCCCGGCCAACAGCGAGGGGCAGAUCGUCAAGCUGGCGCCCAACGUGCAGCUCGGCGGCAAGGAGGCGACCUACUACCUCAAGCCGGCGGCCGGGACGCGCAGCUACAACGUGGUGCGCGAGUUCUUCUACCGGCACGACCGGGUCAGCGUGCGCAGCGACGGGCUGACUGACGAGAAGCUGGUGGUCAACGAGCCCGACGAGGCGGUCUUCCGCAUCGAGCCGCACCUGAUCGACCGCUUCAACCUGGUGCGCAAGGUCUUCCUGGACUGCGAGUACAGCCACGCCGACGGCAGCGUCGACCGCGCGACGCUGCACCUGAUCAACCCCGCGGCGCAGCAGCCCGGCGGGGUUGGGGCCGGGGCCGGGGCCGGGGCCGGCGGCAGCGGCGACCGCGACCGCAGCGUCUUCGCGGUGCUGCUGGCGCCGGGCGACGGCCGCCUGUGGCGCGCCACGCCGCGCCUGGUGCUGGCCGACGGCGCGCCGCUGGAGGCGCCGACCCAGACCUACAGCGGCGCCAGCGAGCCGAUCAUCAGCCUGGAGGGUCUGGGCUACCGCGUGGUCGGCGUCGACGUGCUGAACGCCAGCUUCGUCAUGCAGGGCAGCGGCGCCGAGCAGGUGGUGGCGAUCAUGGCGAUCUUCACCGCGCCCACCCCGGGCGGCGGCCAGGACACCGGCCAGGUCAUCCUGCGCGGCCAGGAAAGCAAGGGCUUCACCAUCCUGCGCAACGCGGCGGCCGACGCGGAGGUGACGGUCAACCUGCGGGUGAUCCGCGCCGACGGGCAGACCCAGACCAGCGGUCCGCACACGCUGGCGGGCAGCGAGGAAUCGGCACCCGAGGUGCCCUACGUGGACAUCUACCGCGACCACGCGGAGCCGGAUAAGUUCUACCUGCUCUCCGGCCUGCCGCGGAUCGCGACCAACGCCGAGACCGGCGAGCCGAUGUUCUCCUUCCACAUGUUCGCGCGGAACAUCGAGAUGGCGCUGGCCAGCGCCGGCGAGGGGCCGGUCGAGUACCAGCUCGGCCAGAUGUACGCCACGGUCGACCUGACCAUUCCGCCGGACGACCAGGCCAAGAUCAUGGACUUCCUGCGCGCCCUGCUGCGCCGGGAAAGCCGCGAGGGUAGCGGCUACCGCGACCUGAUCGGCGCGCGCGGCCGCUUCACCGAGCCGCGCAUCGCCACCCCCUACUGGGAGAGCGGCACGGUCCAGCUCAACAUCCUCGACGGGCUCGGCCCGACCUUCACCAAGGCCAGCAUCGGCCAGAGCACGCCCAGCCUGACCGGCUACAACCAGGCGACGGUCUGGGCCACCCUGGGCACCGAGGGCGCGCAGCUCCUCUGGGAGACUUUGCGCGGCAACCUCGAGCCCGCCUCCGGCGACGGCGCACUGCCGAUCCAGGCGGCGGUGCAGUACAGCCUCAAGGGCUGGGCCCGGGUGCCGGCGCUGAACGUCAGCGUCGAGGCCGACAGCGAGGUGGUCUACGAGGAGCUGCGCAAGCGCACCCGCAUCAAGGAGACCAGCGGCAACAAGACCUGGACCUACCCCCAGAUCAAGGAGCUGACCAAGGAGCUGGAGGCCUCGGACGUCAUCGAGAUCGUCUGGGACGACUGGGCGCCACCGGACGGCGACAAGCAGGAGAUCCAGUCGCAGAUCACCACCCAGAUGCUCAACAUGGUCUCCAACCAGAUCGCCAACAGCUUCUUCCAGCCGGCCGCGGUCAGCGGCCCGGAGCUGGAGGAGCUGGGCGCGACCUUCACCCACAGCCGCGAGGGCGGCGUGCAGGGCUCGCUGCUGUGGCUCGACGAGUUCGAGCACAGCGUGACGCGCCACAUCGGCUUCUCGCUCAAGCAGUCGACCAACACCAGCUUCCUGCACACGCCGCAGACCUCGAUGAUGUCGGCCCUGACGCCGCAGCAGGUCGAGCGCCACGUGCGCCUGAUCCCGCUCGACAGCCCGGAGGUGCGGAUCCUGGAGGUGCCGGUCAACGCCAACGCCGACUUCGAGCGCGACGGCAUCGCCAGCAUCGACUUCGAGAUCACCUACGACCAGUUCGACGAGGCGACCGACCGCCAGAUCAAGCAGGUCAUGGCCGAGCGCUUCACCAAGGGCGACGAGACCUUCGUCUUCCGCACCCGCAUGGCCCGCGACCGCAACGGCCGGCUGCUCGACAGCUACGACGUCAAGGCCAAGCUGGUGUACUUCGCGAGCACCGAAUCGCCCGAGCCGAUCGAGUACAAGGACAUCUCCGACCGCCAGCUCACCCUGUCCUACGACCGGCUGGGCUACCUGCGCGUCUCGGUGCAGGCCGGCGACAUCGACUGGACCAAGAUCGAGAGCGUCUUCGUCGACCUGGACUACCAGGGCGCGCGGGCCAGCGCCAACGACGCCGUGGUCAAGCUGACCGAGGCCGAGAACACCGGGGUCUGGCAGACGCCGCGGCGCGGCAGCCUGACCCGGCACUACAGCUACACCGUCAAGUACAAGUACAAGGACGGCAACGAGCUGACCACGCGGCCCCAGCGUUCGGACAGCGAGACGCUGGUGAUCCACGACAAUUUGGCGUCCAGCCUGCGCCGCUUCUUCAACGUCAUCGUCGAUCCCAACUCGGUGGAGAACGUGAUCCUGCGCAUCCGCUACGACGGCGGCGGCGGCGCCCCGGUGGAGAUCGCGCGCGACUUCAACCAGACGGAGAGCUGGGAGUACAUCCAGUCGGUGGCCGAGGGCGCGCCGCGGGAAUUCAUCUACUCCUACAUCAUCCAGUUCAAGGACGGCCACAUCACCGAGUCGGAGGACAUCACCGUCGGCGAGGACGACGACGUGGAGCCGAUCCACGCCCGGCGCUACCCCAUGGACAUCUUCAUCGACGGCGGCGGCCUCGACUGGACCCAGUGGCGCCUGGCCACGGUGCAGAUCACCUACCACGACCCGGAGUUCAACUUCACAGACAGCAAGUCGGCCGACCGCAUCACGCGCGACAGCAACUUCACCACCGUCCCGCUGGAGCUGUUCCACCCCUCGCGGCGGACCUACAGCUACGAGGUCAACCUGGUGCCGCAGCCGGGCCAGGGGCGGAUCCAGCGCGCCACCGGCGAGACCGACGGCCCGCUGUUCCUCGAAACGCUGAUCCAGGAGCUGGGCCCCGUCGCGCAGCUCAAGAAGCUGCAGCUCGUGCCGGAGCGCGAUCCCUUCAACAUCGCCUUCGCCGCUUUCAACAAGCAGAUCGCCUUGUCGGGCAACGUGCCGCAGCUCGAGCGCACGCCGAGCAGCGACGGCCGCUCCUACGCCGUCGAGGGCCGCUCCAAGCGCUACUCCCGGCCCGCGCUGCGCCUGGCCCAGCGCGGCGGCUGGGAACCGGGACCGGAGGUCCGCUUCGUACGGGCCGAGGACGGCAGCCUGCGGCUGGCGGUCGCCUUCGAGGAGGACCCGGACGCCGAGCACCGCGCGGACGGCGCCCUGCCCUUCGCGGUCAAGGUGACCUCGGUCGCGCUGGAGCCGGCCGACGGUUCGGGGGCCUGGAGCCGGCUGGCCUUCGACCAGACACUGCUGCAGAUCCCGCUGGGCCAGGGAGACGACGGGCCGGCCUUCCGUAUCGAGGCCGAGGCGCUGCUGCCCAACGAGGGCGAGGCGACGCAGAUCGCCUCGGCCCUGCAGCGCGACGGCGGCGCGCGCUGGAAGAUCGCCCUGGAGUUCGACUGGGUCCCCAAGCAGAUCCGGCGCUCGAGCAACCGCUCGGGCCGCAGCACCGGGUUCGUCGCCACGCCCAUCCUGCUGCACCGCGCGCCGGUGGUCACCGCGCAGCCGAUGGUCGCCGCGCGCGCCCGCGUGGACCGGACCAGCCUCAACUCCAGCGCCGUGCUGCGCCUGGUCAAGGAGGCCAGAGUCACGCCGCAGCCGCGCGGCGGACGUGGCGGCAGCGGCGACCGGCCGCAAACGGCGACGGCGAUGCCGGCUGGCGGCCUGAAGCGGGUGAAGCUCAACGGCGUGAUCGACAAGAUCGUCGCCGGCCAGAUCGAGACGCCGGUGCUCGACACCCAGCCGGACAACGACGUGCGCACCCAGCGCAUCGUCCGCAGCAUCGCCGCGCACUAUCCGCCGCAGUUCCCGGCGCACGAGCCGAUCUACGCGGCGCUGACCGGCGCCGGCUCGCACCUGGGCUGGCGGGCCAGCGCGCACGGCCUGUUCCAGCCGGCCGACCUGCGCGACACCUGCUACAUCCUGCCCGACCGCUUCCUGCUGGCGCGCAACGCCGAGUCGACCCUGCCGGAGGUGACCGGCAUCCUGCUGGAGCCGCAGGAGAUCCCCAGCGGCACCAGCCUCGAGGAUGCGCUGAUCACCCGCCUGACCUUCCGGGUGGUGCCCUACAUCGAUCCCGCACGGCUGGUCGAGCUGCGCAAGCUGAUCCGGGCCGAGACCAGCAACGAGGUGGUCUACUCCGACCUGACGAUCGGCGGCUACAAGUCGGCCCGCUUCGUGCCCGACCAGGCCCUGCAGGGGCUGGGCGAGUUUUUGACCGGCGCGCGCGAGGCGGAAAGCCGCGAGGUGACCCCCGAGGCCGGCUUCGCGAUCACCUACGAGGGCCGCGCCGAGUUCACCAGCCUGCUGUUCGACAAGCUGCGCGGCGAGGGCAUCCGCGGCGAGGUGGAGUUUGAGCUGGAGCAGCAGAGCGGCGACCUGCUGCGCCAGCGCGUCCCCGUGCUGCUGGCGCUCGACGACACCGCCCCGCUGGAGCCGACCUGGAGCUUUGCCUUCGCCGACCCGCAGGACCCCGGCUCGCAGCGGGUGCUGGAGAUCACCAAUCCCUACGCGCGCGAACUGGAGGUCGACGCGCUCACGCUGACGGCCCUGUCGCGCUCCACCGUGACCGGCGAGAUUCUGGACUUCCGCCACGCCGAUCUGGGCCGCGACAACCUGCGGCUGCAGCCCGGCACCACCGAGACGGUCGGCCUCGACUUCGGCGCGGACGACGCCGCCUGGAACGUCUACGAGCUGGUGUUCGGGGACGUCGCGCUCGACGUCGACCCGCAGCAGAGCCUGCAGGCGCUCUACGACACCUUCGUCAACACCGUGCGCUCCUGGAAAAUCACGGUCACCGCGCCGCAGUUCGUGGGCUUCGACCAUCUGCCCGACGAGAUGCAGCAGCACGUCGCCCAGAUCCUCACCUUCGAGGUGGAGCUGCGCCGCCCGGGCCUGUCGCGCACCGUCUCGGCGCGGGUCUCGCGCGAUACGCCGGAGGCCGAGGUGUUCCUCGACCGCAGACUGGCCGACCUGCUCAAGGAGAGCUCCGAGACGGCCUACGAGUACCGCCGUCGCAUCGUCCGCUUCACCAGCGCAACGGCCUGGAGCGACUGGCAGACCACCACCGACGCCUCACUCAUUCUCUUCUCCACGACGCCGAGCAUGGCGGUCGCGAUCAACGAGGACUUCCUGAUCCCGCUGCGCCCGGGCCACGCCGUGGGGCGCGGCUGGACGGCGGCGACCGAGCGCCGGCCCAUGGGCGUGACCUGGCACUGGACGGCGGGCUCCACCCUGGCCGGCUGCCGCGCCACCCUGGGCGGGGAGAGCCCGGCGCAGAAGGGCGUGGCCUCGGCCCACUACGGCAUCGGCCGCAGCUUCGCCGAGGGCAUCGACCGCUACGUGGCGCUGGACAACCGCUCCUGGCACGCCGGCAAGAACCAGACGCUGCGCUGGGACGGGCAGCCCUCGACCAACGCGACCAAGGGCGCACGCGCCACCAUCGGCAUCGAGACGGUCAACGUCGGUUUCGGCCGGCCGGGGGUGGCGCACGGCGACGACUGGCUCCUGGCCACCACGCCGAACGGCAAGCAUGUCCGCCAGGUCCAGCCCUGGACCGACGAACAGCUCGAGAUGUGCAUCCAGAUCGGCAAGGAGGUGGUUGCCCGCUGGCCGCACAUCCGCCCGGAAGACCAUCACGGCCACCACGACCUCUGCCCCGGCUACAAGGAGGACGUGAUCGGGUUCCCCUUCGCCCGGGUGCUGCGCGGCAUCUACGACGACCCCGGCAUCGUCGACGUCUGGACGCCCUUCCGGCUGCCGGCCCAGCGCCAGCGCGCGCUGGUGACCCUGGGCUACGAUCUGGGGCCCCUCGGGCCGGCCGGCGACGGGGUGGAUGGUGACUGGGGGCGCCUCUCGGACGCCGCCCUGCUGGCCUUCCAGGCCGAGCGGGGCCUGGUCGACGACGGCAUGUGGACCAGCUUCGUCUGCCGCGCCAUGGAUGCCGCCCUGCGCGCGGCCGGUCACGACCCGCUCCAGCUCGCGGCAGCCGAGGAUGCUAAGCUUGCGCAGCAUCCCGGCGGACCCACCGAGAGCGCCAAGCGGGAGCCUCUUGCCAUGUCCGGAUUGAAGCGAGCCGCCACCCUGCUGCUGUUGCUGCUGGCCCCGCUCGGCCCGAUCGCGGGUCCGGCUGCGGCGCAGGAGGUGGUCGCCCGGAUCGACGCGGUCAGCGGCACCGCCCACGUCGCGCGCGCGGACACCCGCCUGAUCGCCGAAGCCGGGCUUGAGCUGCACCGGCGCGACACCCUGGAGACCGCCGAGGACGGCCGCCUCCGCCUCAACUUCCGCGACGGCACGGUGAUCGCCCUCGGUCCCGGCUCGCGCGCCCGGGUGCAGCACUACCUGGACACCCUGGGCGGCGCCGACAGCCGCCCGCCCCUGGUCGAGCUGGUGGUCGGCAUCCUGCGCGCCACCGUGCCGAACGUCGGCUCGCUCGGCUGGUCGGUGCAGACCCGCGCCGCCGUCGCCUCCUCCCGCUCGACCGACUGGAUCAUCGAACACCGCGCCGACAAGACCGCCCUGAUCGUGCUCGGCGGCGAGGUCGAGGUCAUCGGCGACGCCGGCGGUCGCCUGCUGCUGACCGGCGGCGAGGGCGUCGACGUUUCGCGCGGGACCCCGCUGCCCGCCGCGCCCAGCCGGUGGGGCGCCCAACGGGUGAUCGCCUUCGUCGAGCGGGUGGAGAUGCCGUAG